GUCUCUGCAAGCCAAUCAGGCGAAACAGAAACAGGUCAGGUAGCUGCAGAGGACUUCAGAGAAAGUGCAAGCAGGACAGAGCAGCCACGCACAUCAGGAGGUGAGUGGACUUACCAGGGCACUAUGUCCAAACCUUCAUCCCACGUUAAGGCCCUUCAGGCUAAUUUGAACAUCCCGAUGGGAGCUCUGCGUCCAGGGGCGGGACAUCCUGUGAAGAGGAAAGAGGAGACAGUCGACACAGAAACUCAUACACCAGAUGAGCCCAGUGCUGCAGCCCAGACGACGGAGGAGAAGAAGACAUUGCCGGGCACAGUGAAACUGCCCGGUCCUAUUGUUAACCUAUCAGAGCUGCAAAACGUCAAGAGUGAACUACGAUGGGUCACCAAGGAUUAACACGAGUAGGUGGUCCAGUAUGUAGAAAAGUACUAAGGUAGUGACUCUUGUCUUGACUUUCACUUUUCAUAAAGGUGAUAAAAUACUGAAAUCAUCAUAAAGCGUAAUUUCACAGAAUCGUAAAAUAUUUUAUGUUUAAUAUGAUAUACGGGCUAUUCAUGAAAGAGGUGUAAUGUUCAGCUAAAAAUCAUGGUCAUAAACAAUUAAGCCCUUAAAUAUCAAGGUGAGGAAACUGUAUUAUGCAAGAUUUUGAACCGUGAAAGACCACAAACACAAUCAAACAUUAAAGUAUGACAAUUUUUUUUAAAAAGGCUCUAUUUUAAAAAAAAAAGUUUCUUUUCAAAUGUAAGGUUUAUUAAGGGCCUGUGGAGUGUACCUUUAACAGCUGAUAAUUUGUAAAUUUAUCACUAUCUGGAUAUAGACCCUCUAUGAUAAUGGCUUAUUUGGAAGUAUUUUUAACAGCUCUGUUGGGGGCUGAGCAAAGACAAAGAUGCAAAUCAGAACCAAACUAAAGUACAGAAACACAGAGAUGAGUUUUCAGGUUGCAUCACCAUGUCUUUGUGAAUGAUGUAAAUCUAGUUCAAUGUACAACAAAUAUAAAGGACAAGCUAAAAACCAGUAUGAGUAAUCGAAGAUGCAGUUCAUAGAUCUUGCCAGCAGGAGGCACUGUGGGCUACUCAGCCUCUGGGUCAAGCCUCUGUUGAUGCCUCAGUGAGUGGGCAGGAGGGGCUGAGUCAGGCUCUAUAUUUAUACUUUACAGAAGUGUGUGUGUUUUAGUAAAUGUGUAUGUGCGUGUGAGUAUUGAGGAGCAGUCUGUGCUGUGACUUUCUCAGCAGGACACAGAAACCACAAUAUCCAAAUACUGCGGCUGUUCAGCCAUGCCAAACCAUGUGGGUGUGCUGUGUCGGGGAUAAAAAGAGAGACAGAGAUGGAACUAAAGAAGCAGAAGCUGGUUUACGUUUUAGCAGUAAACAUGUUUCUCUGAGGCAGUGCGGCUGUGGAAAAAGGAAUGUUAUUAAUUUGAGCAGGUUCAAAGUUUGCAUUUACACUGGGAAAGUAACCGCUGCAAAAAAGGGAGCAGCAGCCAAUCCAACUGAGUCCCUCCUUCUGAUCAAUGCUACUUGUCCCACAGUGCACUGCACAGUAAAAGCUGGGGAGCUACAAACAGCCAACUUUGGAGUGUUUCAUCCAGCUACCAAGUUACAGUGCAAAUCACAGCUCCUUGGCUUCAUUCACUAAUUUUUAAUUUGAAGUCUGGCUCUGAGAAGUGUUUGUAUGACUAAAAGUCAACUAUCUGAGACAAAAAUAAACAGAAAAUGUAACAAACAGAGAGAAAAGACAAAAUGGAAAAAGGUGAAGAGAGAUAAGUGCAGAGAGAAAGCAGAUGAUCAGCCAGAUCUUUUCCCUUCUUCUCAGUAGGCCAGUAUGAAUUUCAUGACCUGGCCCUCUCCUUGUCACCCUGCUGCCUCUCAGGGGGCAUCAGCUCUUAGACUGCUGAUAGCAGAAAUCCCUCUCAGUGUCUGUGUCUGUGUUUUUCCUCCAGGAUCCUCAACCAGCCAGGGAGAGAGGAAAGCAGAUAAUCUUCACAGACACAGACUUUACCACUGCCAAUGAAGACUAGCGAGCUCAGUUCUAACAUGUCUGGAGACAGUAACAGCUUUAAGGGAUGCCAACAUCUGCAGAAAAUAUUCAGCACUUACUGUAACUUGUUGUACCACCAAGAGGCAGGCAUCCAUAAGCCCUGUCAAUCUAACAAGCUGAAACCCAAAAACCAUUUGCUACGAUGUCAGUUGAUACUGUUUUCCAACUUGUUUUUGGUUCCUCUACAACUGCAGCUACAGUAAGUGAGCUUUACUGCAAUAGAAGGAUAUUAUGUGCUUUUUGUUUUGGAGCUUGGUUUAACAUAAGAAACAUUAUUUAAGUCUGGGACAUUUGGUGACUAUAAAAAUGUAUAUAAUCCACCCUGACAUAAACAAAACUGACUCUCAUUCUAAAACUUAAAUUGUUCAGUAAUGUUUUAUUUCAGUGCUUUCUAUUAAAUUAUUCCUUUCAAAUUGCUGUUGUUUAAUAGUUAUGCUAAUGAUAGCAUUCAUAAAAUACUGCAAUAAAUCAAGCUGGUUCAAAAAUAUCAUGUCCAUUUUGUUCUAGUGGUGUCUUUUAGACUUUCAUACUAUUACUUUAAAUUUGCCUCAAUCAUUCUGCAUGACUUAUUUGAAUUAUGUAACACUUUGCUAGCAGCACAGCUCCAUGGAUGGCAAUCAUGGCCACUGCUGGACAUCACCUUUGUGCCCUAAACACAAAGGUGGUAGCACAUUUCCUUGCUGCAAAAUCAUCAGUUAGGUCAUCAUAUGACAGCUUCUGAUGCUGAUAACAGCAGGGCCACAUACAUGUUACACAGCUUGCCUUUCAGUGGUAUAGUCUAACUCAUGUUUCAUGCAUUUAUUUUGUUUUUGCACUUCCUGUUUACUCAUGUUGUGUUAUCCUCCCUAUACUUUUAGGUUUUGCCCUGCCUUCCCUUUUUUCUACCUGUCACUCCUCCAGGCACCUGCCCUGCAUUACCUCAUCAGUCUCCUUCCAUGUUUACAUGUGUCUACUUGCCAAAAUGUCUCUGCUGAUGGCUCUGUCUUUCCAGCAUCAUGCUAUACCUAUUUUUGCUUGCUCAUUUCAACAUGGCAAUUUGAACCUUUUAUCAAAUAGCCCUAAACCCAAUUAUACAAAUAUCCUACAUGUGUAUUUUUUCUUUCUUGGUGUUGAACUUGGCACACCAGAAAAAAAAAUUAAUUUGAAAUUUUGCUGGAAAUAAAAAUGUAAAUGGGCAUAUAUACAGUAAUGCUUUGAUACUGUAUGCACUGAAAAUGCUUUAUGCUAUUACGCAUUCAUUUACAAACUCACUAACAAUAUCUUUUCGAGCAACUUGAGAUGAGACUUUAUUAAUCCCACAAUGGGGAAAUUCCUGUG